AUGUCGCUAAUUCCAAGCUUUUUCGGUGGUCGACGAAGCAAUGUUUUCGAUCCUUUCUCACUAGACAUCUGGGACCCUUUCGAAGGCUUUCCCUUCUCUAACACCUUAGUCAAUGUAUCCAACACAGCUCAGGACACCUCUGCAUUCGCUACUGCCAGGAUCGACUGGAAAGAGACUCCAGAGGCCCAUAUAUUCAAGGCCGAUCUUCCAGGGCUGAAGAAGGAAGAAGUGAAAGUGGAGGUUGAAGAAGGCAGAGUGCUUCAGAUUAGCGGGGAGAGGAGCCGGGAGCAGGAAGAGAAGAAUGACAAGUGGCACCGGGUGGAGAGGAGCAGCGGUCGGUUCCUGCGCCGGUUCCGGCUGCCGGAGAAUGCCAAGGUGGAUCAGGUGAAGGCCAGCAUGGAGAAUGGCGUGCUCACUGUAACUGUUCCUAAAGAGGAAGUGAAGAAGCCUGAUGUUAAGGCCAUUGAGAUCUCCGGCUAA